AUGCAUCUCGUUUUUUCUGAUUUAGUUAAAGCACAAGAUAUGUAUCGACGAAUCUUUGUCAUUGAUUCUACCGAUGAUGUGAAGUCAAGUGUUAUACAGGAACUCAGCCAUCUGGAUUUCCAUGAACAACGUUUAACAAAACAUACAAGAAACGAUUUUAUAGAAUUUGAUCCUUGCAUACGCGGCGAUUGUGCAUAUUUUUUUACUAAUGCUACUAUACUUAACCAAGUGGAUCUUCAUACAAAUGGUAAGAGUCAGCAGUCACUGAUUAAGGAUCAAUUGGAAAACUAUCUAACUGAUGGAAUUCAUUUAAUUUUGUUCAUCGCAAAUAACGAUAAUUUGAAUACGACAGCCUAUACUAAUUUUUCUUUCAUGGUCUCUACUUUCUGCGAUGGGAAAGUGCCUGCAAUUUGCGUUACCAACGGUUAUGAAAAUAAGAUGAAAUCUAAGUAUCUUCGAAAUUAUUCGGAAUUUGUACUUGAUGUGAACUAUGGACGUGAACGUUCAAAGGCAAUUAAAGAUUUGUGGAAAGCAAUUGAGAGCAAUUCGUUAAAGCCGAGUACAGAGCCAAAUUGUGCCAAUCAGUUGAACAAAAAGCAUAAUAUAAAUACAGAAGAGAAAUCAACAUUGAAGAUAGCCAAUGGAUCAUGUUCUCGAUCGAUCGACUCAAUGUGCCAAAACAAAGAAAAAGACAAACCAUGCGACAAUUUUGCUAACGAAUGGAAAUAUAGUGUUGUUCCAGGACUUUUUAAUGAAGCAAAUACAGACCUUGCAAAUCUAAUGAGACGGUGUGAAGAAUACAAAUCGUGUGAUUAUCUUUAUAAUUGCGUUUUGUUAACGACCGGUUCAUUGAAUCCUGUUCAUCGUUCUCACAUAAAAAAUUUAGAACUAGUGAAGAAACAUCUUGAACGAAACAGUCCGCGGUGGAAUGUUCUCGUAGGCUAUCUUUCUCCUACUCAUGAUUUAUACGUGCGUGGUAAAUUAGGCAAAGCAACAAUACCAGGCUGUGAUCGAUGUGAUCUUUGUGAACUAGCGAUCAGAGAACAUGAGCGUGAAACGACAGCUUCACAUUGGCUUAGUGUAUCUCGAGCUGAGAGUGAAUAUCACCACGGCUUUGUCGAUUUCGGUCCAACGACUGAGGCACUUCGCCAAUAUAUAAAUUCAGCUCUUGUCGGUUCUGAUCGACUUUUCAGGAAUCCAAUCUACGUGGUUUAUGUCUGCGGUCUGGAUCAUUUCAACAAAUGUCCCGAUGUCAGACGUUUGGCCAGAGAAAAAUAUAUUAAAUGCGCAGUUAUCUAUCGCAAGCAAUGCGACGAACGGCAUAUCUCCACAUUUGAUGAAUCAUCUAACAUCAUCUAUGUUCCUUUAGAAGGCGAACGUAAAGACCUUAUCGACAUAAGUUCGACUGAAAUUCGACGUUGCUGGGAAAACUCGUCGUAUGAUAUUACACAGUUUACGUACGCUUCUGUAGCUGAUCGUUUAAAGUCCAUGAACUUUCAUUUCCGUUGA